AUGAAAUGUGAUCCGCUGCGUUUGGAGCGAUUAUGGUCAAACCUCCUGUUCUCGCCGGUGGCCCAUGCCGAAUUCGGCCAUCUAAUCAAACAAUUCGUACUCAAGGCCGCGUCACAUAUAGAGAGCACCGCCGGAUUCGAUUACAUACACCUAUAUGGACAGCCUUGCCUUGACAUAGCUCUCAAACUGAGAGAGUUCUACUACAUUCAAAUGGAUAAAUUUGCUCGUCAAGCACUAGCCGAAGGUAUCACAUCACGUGAUGACAUUGUGGUCACCAUGGAAUCAGAGAUAUUCCGAACUCUAAAUCAGCACUACAACAGAAACAAUCACGUACAGCCUCCAGAAAAUUUGGUGAAUGUCGUACAAGAGUCGUUACGGGAAUUCUUCGAUGCAAUUCGCCUUGGGAAAGAUGCUGAGCCGUCAUGGAAGAAGCAGAUCUACAAAGUGGUGGAAUCAAUCGAUUUAGAUACGAUCAGAAUCUCCCGAUAUUUCAAAGAUCCGGAAUCUCGAACGACUCGAAUAGCCCGAAUGACGUCACUCACCCUUUUAUGGAAAUGA